CCUUCAUUCCAGUACAGGAAAUAGAAAGUGCUUUGUUUACUGGGAGGAGAGAGAUUUUGCAGCAUGCUGUCUGCAGCUGUCUAAAGUAUUUAGGUUGGGUUGAAACGUUUUCUAAUAGUUUCUGAUUUUGUUUUUGUUUGUAUAUUACUUGCACGGAGUUCCGGGGCAAACAGUCGUUUUCUGCUUUAUUUAAGAGCUCAGACAGAAUAGUGCUAAAUGCGAUUUGAAGCCCGUGUUUGUGAAUGAAAAGAGGAUUCCUCUAGCCCAGCGAAGAUGGACGUCAGCAUCUCCGUGUCCUUCCUUCAAGACGAGCUCGCCUCUACCGUCGAGCACGCAGUGAAGGCGGCUGUUGACACUGUCUUGUGUGAAAUCGCCAAAGUUGUCGGCAGCAAAUUGACUGAAUUUCAGGUGGAAAUGGCUGGAAAGCAGAAAGAGAAUGAGAUUCUGAAGCUGAGGUUGGAAAUAUCAGAGAGCGAGUUGAAAGCUGUGCGGGAAUGCAUGGGCGCUGCAGGUGCAGGCAUUGAACAACCUGCGGCAUUGCAAGAUCCCAUCGAGAGCCACGCUAUCCCUGAAUCUGAAGCAGUUUACACACAAGAGGAGCCCUUUGAGCAGGAGUGGUGUGCCCGUCUAAUGCAGGUUACAGAGCUGCCGUUUGUUAAAGAUGAAGAGGUCCCUCAACAGGAAUGUGUUCCCAUUAAAGAGGAAUUCAUUGAACGGGAAUGUGUCCCCGUCGCAGAGGAAGUUCCUAAUGAAAAUAAUGUCUGUACACUUGAGAGCAACAAGCUGGGAUCCAGUCUGUGUGAUGAUUCUCCAUCUGAAUGUGAAGUGGGAUUUAGAGAACACAACUCCACUCCAUCACCGCACUGCAAAAACUCUUCUAGUGGCAAACCUCAGCACAAUAAACACAGAGAGACGACACCCCAAGAAGAAAAUGUGAAGAAACUGAGAACUCACUCAGUUAAAAUCCCUUCUUUACAAAACAGACCCCCUCUUACUACGGAGAGUACAGAGACACCACAUUCUACAUGUUUUAACAGUUCUGAAGCCCAGGGCAACUUGAAGACCUUGCCUCAUUCAAUGACAGGUGGGAAGAGCUCCUGUCAAUUAGGCUCUGAUAAGACUCACAAGGGAAAUCACACAGGAGGGACUCCAUUGCCCUGUGCUGUUUGUGGGAAGAGUUUCAAAUUUUUAUCAAAGCUUGAAGUCCACCAGCGUGUUCACACUGGAGAGAAGCCUUAUCACUGUACUGAGUGUGGGAAGAGAUUCAGUCAGUUAGGAAACCUUAAAAUCCACCUUCACAGUCAUGCAGGAGACCUACUUUUUCACUGUGCUGACUGUGGGAAGAGUUUCCUUCUGUUAGAAAAACUUAAAAGUCACCAGCGUGUUCACACAGGAGAGAAACCUCAUCACUGUUCUGAAUGUGGAAAGGGUUUCAGCCGAUUGCAAAGCCUUGAAAUCCACCAGCGCAUUCACACAGGAGAGAAACCGUAUCACUGUGCUGAGUGUGAGAAGAGUUUCAGUUGUUUAGAAAACCUUAAAAUCCACCAGCGUGUUCACACAGGCGAGAGACCGUAUCACUGCUUUGAGUGUGGGAAGAGAUUCACGCAGUUAGGACGUCUUCAAUUACACCAGCGCAUUCACACGGGAGAUAAACCGUAUCACUGUGCUGAGUGUGAGAAGAGUUUCAGUUGUUUAGGAAACCUCAAAAUCCACCAGCGGGUUCACACAGGAGAGAAACCUCAUCGCUGCCCCGAAUGUGGGAGUAGUUUCACACAAUUACAAAGUCUUCAAUCACACCAGCGCAUCCACACAGGAGAGAAACCUUAUCACUGUGAAGCAUGUGGUAAAAUUUUCAGUUGUUUAGCAAACCUUAAAAGACACAAUAAAAUCCACACACGUGUGUAACCCUAACCCAGCACUUGGUGGGAAGAAGUUCAGUCAGUUGCAGACUCUUGAGGGACACAAGUGUAUUCUCAGGAUUUCUUCAGGACACCUAAAUAGCAGGAGUACGGCUGACUAAAAUAGAGAAAUAUUUCAUGAAAACUAAAGAAUAAACUUUCUUGGUAAAUUGGGUCACCCCCGAUUGCAAUUUUCAGAUCAAAAACUUGUAGAUGGGAAAAUGUAAACAACAACAUCUUGUUUCGACAGUUCAUCUUGUUGACCAUUCUGAACACAUUAGUACUUUAUUACAUAGAUUUGUUAUGCAUAGAGUUUCCCUUUUUUCUCAUGUAUUGCUCGGUCUGUUCUGUGGAAAACUUCCCUGGUACCUCGAGGCACGGCGCAGUAUAGCGCAGUUAUCAUGCGGGGCAGCUUGAAGAGCACAGACAGUACUUUUUCCAGGGUGUGCCAGACAGUGUGAAUGUAAUGGGCUGUAUAGCGUUUCUCCUGAACAAAGUGAUUUCUGCUUGGGGUUUGUUUAGUGCUGCUCUCCCUUUCUUGGGUACUGUAUUAACAAAUGUAGGCUACUGUAUUUAAUAUGAGUUUGUUGAUUGACUACGAGACUACUGAAGCAAAAACAAUAUUAAAAUGUUCUGCUGUCUGUAUUGAAUGCUAUUUU